UAAAGGGAGGCGGCCGCGCCCCGUCAGCUCAUCCGGUUGGUCGGUCUCCUUCCCUCCCUCCCUCCCUAUCGUCUGUUUCCUUCGGCCGAAAAGCUCCCCUGUUCCCUGCCCCUGCUCCGCCCCUCCUCGUCCCCGGCCUCCGCUCCGCUCUCGGUAAUUGGAUGGCCUCGCCUACGACGCCGACGAAGUCCACCGGCGCCCAGGAGGAAGCCGCGGCCCGCCAGUCGCUCAUCGGGAUCUCCCAGUCCAUCCCGGCGGCGGGAGAGGCCCUGAGCGUCAAGUCGCCGAACGGCCGCACGGAACACGGGCAGGACGACAGCGGGGCGGCCGACAAGUCCAGGUCGAUGCUCAUGUCCAUCUCCAACCAGUCGCCGGAGGCGCGCCAGCCCACGCCGUGCCCGCACAGCAAUGCCGCUUAGGCUUAAGCUUGAUCUUAGUCCUGUAAUAGUACUGAUUAGCCCUGCAGCUGCAGCUGUCCAUAUGUUGCAGGCUCUUGUGUGGCGCCCCUAAUAAUCGCCAUGUUCCUGGGUUUUCGGUGAUGAAAUGAUAUGCAGUCUGGAAUACUGAUUACAUAGUUA